AUGGCGGCUAGGUUAGUAAAUCUCUGCUGUUUGGCGAUGGACUCUGCAUAUUGCAAUUUUAUGAAUUUUAUUCCAAAAAAUAAACAAACAAGCAUUCUUAAUUUAAUGUAGCGAAAAUAUUAUAAAUUCUAAAACAAAAAAGACAAUUAAAAAUGUCCAAACGUUUUCAACCUUUGAAAGAAUUUGGGCGUUCUAUGAAAAAGCCAAAACUGGACAUAAGCAUCAGUAGCAGAAGUGCAACGGAUGCAACAGCCCGGCCUUCAUCAUCCAAGGCGACUAUAGUAAGAAAUGUAUCACCCAUUAAAAGUAGCACUAAUGAUUUCUGGGAUGAUGAUGACGACGAUGUCAUACUACUGGCCACUCAAGUGGCUGAAGCAGCAGUUGCGGCCGAAAAGGUUUAUAGCCAAACAAAGCAACAACAGUACAAUGGAAUGAAUUUAACCGAGAGCGAUAUAACGUUUACGGAAUUUGCUAAUGCUGCCACCACGAGUACACAACGGCCAGCGGUAAGUGAAAUACCAGCACCAGAUAUUUUGUCACAAAUGUUUGAGGAUGAUGACGAUGACUUUGAACUAUUGGCCGCUGUGCAAAUAAAUGAUCCGGGUGUGUUUAAAAAGCCUGCUCCACCACCGCCAACACAAAAGCCGAAACCAAAAAUCACACAGCAGCAGGUUUCAGAGGAUGCUAUGGAGUUCGUUUUAUCCCAGAAUACUGGCCCAGAGUCAACAUUACCCUCUAGCCAGAGCGCGGCGCGUAGACAAUUGGCCUCGGAAAGACAAAUAAAAUUUCUAAUGGAAAAGGUAGAUGUUUUAAAAAAGGAAAAUUCGAAAUUAAGCCAUGAUCUAUCAGGAGGCAAAGACAAAGAUGGCAUCAAAGAAGGCGAAACAUCAUUGCUGCGCGAUGAGUUGCGCCACCUAAAACAGCAGGCCCAAACAUUAAGAAUGGAGAAAAUAUUAAGCGCACAAAACGCUCAAAACGAAUGCCAGUCGAAAAUGGAUGAAUUGGCCAAGGCAGUACAAGCCAAAGAAGCCGAAGUACGUAUGAAAGAAAUGGAGUGUUCCAUGGUUAAAAUGCGUUAUGAGGAUGAUACUCAACGUUUGCAACAAAGUAUAUGUGAUGAGUCCAUAAGACAGGUACAAGUUAAACAAAGGCGGAAAGAUCCGAGUGCUGUUACAACAUCGUCUAACAAACAACAGCGACGGUUGGCAAAAUGUCUCAUGAGAAUGCCUAGUUUGGAUGUAGGCGCCUCAUUAGCCUCCCAAUUAGAAGAAUGUACACUUAGCCAAAUACAUCCCAUGAUAUAUGAGCACUCAUGGGAUAAGGGCAGCUCCAAAAAACAAAGAACGCUAUUCCAACUUGAAUUGGAAAACAUACAAACAAAACUGGCUCAGUUGCAACUUUUAGGAGUUGAAAAAUUGCCCGAUAAUUUCGCAAAGUCCUGCUUAGAUUCGGUUAGCAAAGUUUUGCCGGAAUUUUGGUCUUAUACGCAUAGUUUAGAGUUUCCCAAGAAUCGUCGUAUACAUCCCUAUCACGAUUAUUCUCUCAUUAAUACAAAAUCACCGCCGAGAGCAGAUGAUUAUGUACGUUGUCUACAAGAACCGUCGGAAUUAUACGAUGAUGAACGUUGCUUAUGUUUAAGACGUUAUCUUGCUGCUUUAGCCAUUAUUUGCCAAGAAGUGCCAGAAUUAACGUGUGCCCUACUGCAACACAAACAUGACGAAUAUUAUCUAUUGCAAAUUGUUACAGACUCGGUUUCAAAACUGGGCUUUGCGCGUGAAAUCUGCGAACACUUUGGAGUGUUAGAGGCUUUAGCUGUUUGGUUAAAUAGUUUGCUGAUUCAUGCGUCUUCCGCGACGCCUGUAAACUGUUUAGAAAUGUUGGUGGAUCUUUUAAAAUCAUUAGUAUUUUCCCGCCCUAGCGCUUGGAUUUUCCGCGAAAUAUCUAUUGGCCUAAGGCAAUGUUGUAGAUUGCCCAAAACUUUGGACUUAUUGUGUGUUAAUAGUCCAGAGUCAACAUUUGUGGCUGAUCGAGUGCGUUCAACUUAUAGAUUCUCUAAUGAAUCGUGUUUGAUGCAGGUUUAUUGUGGUCUGCUGGAAAUUGCCUUCCCUUUAAGUCAGCAUUUGCAUUUACAGCAUUUUAAACUGCUCGUUGUAAUAUGUUUAAAUCAUGUGCGUUUUGUAUAUGAAUGCUUUCAAAAACCACCAAAAUUUGUACAAAAACUUUUGCCUUUAUACGAUGACGAAGAAGAUGAAGAUAACAAUGAAAGACGAAUUGAUGUUUCCAGUAAUAGCAGCAAUAACAACAAAAUGGAUUUUGAAACGACCGAACAAAAUUCAACUACAACUAAAACAAAUAUUACCACAAACUCGACAGUAGGUCAAGAAAAUGCUGCUGAUUUAAGAAAUCCUAGAUGCGAAUGUUAUGUCAAAUUAUGCCUUAGUGUAGUAACACUGAUCUUUCAACUCCUCAGACAAUGGUUACUACAAAAAAAGGAACAUUGUACUUUACAGGUGGCUGAAAUUUCUCGGUUAUCCGUGCAGCUAUUGCAUAUCAUAUUUUGUGACAACUAUUUGACCUGCUUAUUUAGGGAAUCCGAGGAAACUACCAAACACUAUCUCUGCUUAAUUAUUAAAUGGUGGUCAGAUAACUCUAAACAACUGCAAUUUAAUGAUAUUAACAUGAAAUUUUUACAAAAACUACAAAACUCUCAUGUCUUGCCCAAGGACAUAACUGCCGAAACAAAUUAUCAUAAUAUCAAUGUUGAUUUAUCCGAGUGGCAAAAAUGCACUACAAAUGACAAUGUUAAUCAUUUAAAACCUCCCCAUAAUGCUGAAGAGGCGGAUAGUUAUGCCAAUAAAUUAAAUUUGAUACAAGAUGCUUCGAAUCAAAAUAAAUUUUUUGAAAGUCUUAAAGGAUUUGCCUUUAAUUUUCAGUGAUCAUGUGUAUACACUAUUUUUAUACUUAUAUAAUUGUUAUUUGUUAAAUUUAAAUCUUUAUUGUUAAAAUUAUCUUUAAUAAAAAAGUAUUAAAGUGAAA